UGGUUAUGAUAUAACAAGUACUUUAUCUUGUAUGUAUGGUGUAUUGAUGUUAACGGAAAAUUGCAAAGUGGAAAUUUGUAUAUGUUCUUUUAUUAUUUCUUGCAAUCUUUCGAUUGGUUUGAUCGUUGUAAAGAGAUUUUUAGUAUGUUAAGUCAUCGUUAUUGUGCGAUCACUGAGUCAACAACACUUCAUAUAGACAGUUAUUUGAGAAGUUGAACUUGGACAUGAGAUUUUAAGAGACAGAAAAUGCCAGAUGAAACAGAAGUUUGGGCUGUUCCUGCUCACAUAGGAACAUCCCCACCAUACAAAUCAGACAUGAGAUUUCGAAAUAUGAAAUUAAAUGCGAGAUUAUUAGGUAGAAAGUCGAGAGAAAGGAAAUUAAUGCUACCGUGUGAUUCUCCAUUUCAGAAACGGAAUCUUACUAAAUAUCCAAUGGAAUACAGCCACACGGAGUCUAGAAAAAAUGCAGAUGGACAGCAUAUUGUUCGAAAACUAACAGCUGAGAAGGUAAGGAAAGCUCAAGCUGACAGUGAGAAUUUACGGCAAUACAGCUUAAAGAUGUUUGAUAAUGCCGUUGACGUCUAUACUCAUCGUAAUGAUCAAAGAAAUGUUCUUUCUGAAAUUCCAUCUCGUGUAAUGUCAGGACAUAAUGGACCAACACAUAACGGCAGUGUUUUAUACAACAAAAGAAGCAAUAUUAUGAACUCUAUCCGUCUAAGGCCACAGUCAGAGAUUCCAACUAAAUUCAACCAUUUGAAAUCACAGACAAUACAACCUCAAAUAAAGCAAACAUUAUGUAGAAGCAAUAGAGAGUAUACAGUGUCGUGUGUUUCACCAAAAGUGCAGUCAGCUAGGUCUGUAUCAACUAUAUCCAACACCAGUGAGUUUAGGCUUAUUCCAAAUGGCUCUAUGUGUUCAGAGGAAUUAAAUUGGGUUAAGUCAGAAAUGAACGACAGUGUAUUUGAAGACAAUGAAAACUGCUCAAACACAUCUUCAAGUGUUUCUAUGGACCCUAGUUUUCUCAAAAGAAAUCUGCCUUCAGCGAAGAUUCAUUUUUAUUCAAUUGAAGAGGAUUCUUCGUCAGAAGAAGACGUUAAUGUUACAGAUGUAGUGCCGACCGAAGAACCCAAAAAGGAUCUUAUACCUGAACCUCAGCCUGAAACCUCUGGACCCAAAUCUGGGAAAGGACGACCGAAGAGUGGGCGAUCGAAAAGCAGUGCUAGUCCAAAAUCAAAAGCUAAACGUGGAAAAUCACCCAAAAGUAAAAAGGGUAAAGACAAGACACCAGUUCCUGUUACCCCACCGCCUGAACCGGAAGUAAAAGUAAUUGAAACUCCUCCUCCUCGUAAACCUUUAAAAGGUCCAAAGUGCUGGGUAGACGAUGCAACAAUUACUAGUGAAAAGGAAAUACUAAACGACGAUGAAAUUGUUUCACAAACUUCUAAACCUGGAAGUCCAGCGUGUAAAAGUCCUACAAAAUCAAACGUUAGCUUCAAAAAUCAAGGUGAAAGUCCAGAUAUAGAAAAUGUUCAAACUUUACCAGAACCCGUGAAAAAAGAACAAUGUUUGGUGCUAGAGGAAGUAGAGCAAUACGUUCCGAAUGGACUUCCUUCCUUUAUAUGUCCUAGCUCCGAAGAGAGAUCUCGACAAGAAGCCAUUAAAGACUGGCUUGCAGGGUGUAACUUUGGAUCUGCUAGUAGAUGUGUACCAUUAUUAUAGAUUUUCAAUAACAAGAAUCUCAGUUUGCCAUGUGACUUACAAUUAAUAAGUAAUUGUCAUUUAUUUAGUAAAAAGUUCAUUCGUU